CAAAACGUAUUUAAUGCGGAAGCGGAUGUUCUUGCACACCAACGAGCCGAUAGCGUGCAGCAUCACAUCUAUCGAUAUUAGUAGCAAACAUUGAAUACAGUUGUGAUCUUGCGUGUGUGAGACACCGAGGCCCAUUGACUGUGUUAUGAUGGAGCAGCUGACAGAUGCACUGUACUGGAUCGGUGCUGUCACUGUGGCCUGGCUGUCGCUGAGCACGCUGUGCUGUCUGCUCAACGGGAUUCGCGUGUGGAUUGUGGGCAAUGGGAAUUUGAUGAGGGCGUCCCAGCUCGGGAAAUGGGCAGUUGUGACUGGGGCUACCGAUGGAAUUGGAAAAGCCUAUGCGGAGGAGCUUGCUCGACGAGGCUUUGCUAUCGUUCUCAUCAGCCGUACUCAAGAGAAGCUGGAUGAAGUGGCCAAAGCUAUUGAGAACAAGUAUAAUGUAGAGACCAAAACCAUUUCUGCUGACUUUGGAUCUGUGGACAUCUACCCGAAGAUUGAGUCUGGACUGGCCGGACUGGAAAUAGGAGUAUUAGUUAACAAUGUUGGAGUAUCUUAUUCCUACCCAGAGUUCUUCCUCAACAUUCCUAAUAUUGACAAUUUCAUCAACAACAUGAUCAACAUCAACAUUACAUCAGUUUGUCAGAUGACUCGAUUGGUACUGCCCAGGAUGGUAGAUAGGUCUAAAGGAGUGAUCUUGAAUGUUGCUUCAGCGAGUGGCAUGUACCCAUUUCCUCUCCUCACCCUCUAUUCUUCCUCGAAGGCCUUUGUGGACUUCUUCUCCCGUGGUCUUGCUGCUGAAUACAAAAGCAAAGGGAUUAUUAUACAGAGUGUGCUGCCGUUUUAUGUGACGACCAAACUGAGCAAAAUCAGGAGGCCCACUCUUGACAUCCCCUCUCCGGAACGCUAUGUUAAAGCCCAGCUGUGCACUGUAGGGCUGCAGACUCAGUCGAAUGGUUACUUCCCUCAUGCCAUCCUGGGUUGGGUGACAACUGCUCUGCUUCCUGCAAAACUGCUCAACAAGUAUGUGUUGAGCAUGGGGUUGUCCCAGCGUGCACGCUAUCUGAAGAAACAGAAGCAAGGUUAGAAACGGAAAAGGAACAGACAGAGGGAUGGUGUGAUUUAAAGGAAAGGAGGGACCAACCAACCAA